AUGCGACAAUAUCUCCUUUCCUACUAUUCGACUUAUGUACGAAAUUGGCGUGUACUUGGAGCUAUUUGGGUACUCAGUGCCCUCAGUACAAAUGAAACACCUCCUUUUUCAGCUGUACUGCAGUUUCUCGUAUUAAUUCACCCAUCCUGGAUAGGAAAUGACGAAGGUGGUUACAUUGGGCUCUACAAUUAUUGCAGUUCGAUAGAGUGUCCGUGGAAUGUGUUCCAGAUUCGUACCGUCACCGCCGCUUUUGAACUGUCAGCACUUCUUGUUCUACUAGCCACAAUACUCAGUUCAUUAGCUGUUUUCUCAAUCUUGCUACUCGUACUUCUGCGAGAUCGAUACGUCUUCCUGCUGUGUUCAUGGCUUCAUCUCUUCUCAUUUCUGUCAAUGCUGGCCGGAUGUCUGAUCUUUCCGUCCGGAUGGGAUCAUGCACGUGUACGAGAGAUAUGCGAUUCGAAAAGAUAUAAUCUGGGCCUUUGCCAACUACGGUGGCCAUACUUUCUCGCAUUCAUACUGGUUGUCGAUCAAAUGACAUUAUCCAUGCUUGGAUUUGCUCUGACGUACAAACGGCCACCAAAACUUUCAGACUUUCAGAACAUCACAGGUGUAGUUUUGAUUAUUUCUCAGUCUUGUUGCUUACAAACAAAAAGGGAAAGAAGAUGA